AUUAAUUUUGUCAAAUGCAUAGCCCGAUAAGUAGUUGGAUUACUAUAGUUAAAGAGAGAGAAAGAGACUGAGAGAGACAGAGAGGUUUGGGAAUUGAAAGUCAAUGCUCUUUCAUUACAUAGACUAAUUCUAAUACACGAACCAUUAAAAUAUUUCCUAUUUAAAAUUUUGAUGAGAUUUGUGAAGACAGCUAUCAGAAAAAAAUGUUGGCAAAUAAAAAAUACAAAAUUUAAAAUACAAUGGAGAUAGUGAAGAAUAUAUUAAAUACUACAGAAAAUUAAAUUAAUGAUUUGUAAGAUUGCCUGGAAGAUAUGUCUCAGAAUUUAGAGAAGCCACAUGAAGAGCCAAAUAUUAUCUGCAAAGAGAAAAAGACAUAUAUGGAUAAUGUAUUAAUAGAUACUACAGAGCAAAAUAUGAUUACGGGAAUUCUAGAAAAAAACAAACAAAACAGAGGAAAAUAAUAAUUAAAAUUAAAGGAAAAUAUUUCUGAGCUUGAGAAUGCUUGAGUCAUGGGAUCAAAAGAGACUGUUUUAUAUUAUACAAAAUCAUUGGAAAUACAAUGUGGUCUGUUGACAUUUUUGAAUUAAAAAAAACUACAAGUUAGAUAACCAAAAUAGGCUCCCAAAUCAUAAGAAGCAAAGUUAGACAAAACUCAGAAAGUAUGUCUUCCUAUUUGAGAACUUGAUACAUAUUUCCAGAAGAAGAUGACAUGAUAAAAGUAAUUAACUUUGAAAAAAAUGAGAACUUUGCGAUUUCAACAGGUCGGUGGAUGAAGCACAUGAUAUAAAUAAUACUCUUGUAGAAAAGAUGAGAUAUUGAUCUUCAAUAGAGAAGUCAGCAGAACCAGUGUGAGUUGUUCAAGGUAGGAAAGACCCAUACAUACUCACGGCAUGAGAAAAGCAAAAAAAGACAUGGUUUCCUCACUUUCUUCAGUAUUGGCACUAAAUCCCCAGUGACGUGUUUAUUAUGAAAUGUCCUUAUUGUCUGUAAAAUAGCUUUUCAAGAUGAUCUUCUGGUGUCAGUAUAUUUUCUUCAAGGCUUUCCAAAUCUGUGUGUUCAUGUAAGAAGGCCAGGACCAUGUCAAAACUGCCCUUUGCCUAGUACACUGGUAGACUCAAGAACAGCUGAGACAAUCAUGAAAGUGCUGGAGAAAGAAGCUUACAAAUUUGGGAAGAUGAGUACUAUCAGGAAAAAUAUAUAUAUAUAUUUAUUGACAACUUUGAUCUGAAAAUCUAACAAAAGGAGAGUAAGAGGGGAAACUUUCUGUUAAUUAACCCCAUGAGAGAAGAUGAUUCACUUCAGUGCAGUGGAGGGAAAGAAUCCUCCACAGAGCCCAGUUCCGCUUCCUGUUAUUCCCUGGAUGCCCUGUGGAGAGACUAUAAAUCCCUUUUUGAAGAGGCUGAAGCAAUAUCAAGGAUGCAGAGACUGAGGCAGGCUGAGGAGUCCCUGUAUCUUUAGAAAGGUAGCCCUACUAGGAAAUAUGGAAAGCAGAAACCAAUCCACAGUGACUGAAUUUAUCUUCACUGGGUUCCCUCGGCUUCAGGAUGGUAGUCUCCUGUACUUCUUUCCUUUACUUUUCAUCUAUACUUUUAUUAUCAUUGGUAACUUAUUAAUCUUCUCUGCUGUAAGGCUGAGCACCCAUCUCCACAACCCCAUGUAUAAUUUUAUCAGUAUAUUUUCCUUUCUGAAGAUCUGGUACACCACAGCCACCAUUCCCAAGAUGCUCUCCAACCUCAUCAGUGAAAAGAAGGCCAUCUCCAUGAUGGGCUGCUUCUUGCAGAUGUAUUUCUUCCACGCACUUGGAAAUUCAGAGGGGAUCUUGCUGACCAUCAUGGCCAUUGACAGAUACGUUGCCAUCUGCAACUCUCUUCGCUAUCAAAUGAUCAUGACCCCCUGGCUCUGUACUCAGCUCUCUGCAGGUUCCUGCAUCUUUGGUUUCCUUAUCCUGCUUCCUGAGAUUGUGAUGAUUUCCACACUGCCUUUCUGUGGGCCCAAUCAAAUCCAUCAGAUCUUCUGUGACUUGGUCCCUGUGCUAAGCCUGGCCUGUACAGACACGUCCAUGAUUCUGACUGAGGAUGUGAUUCAUGCUGUGACCAUCAUCAUUACCUUCCUAAUUAUUGCCCUGUCCUAUGUAAGAAUUGUCACUGUGAUACUGAGGAUUCCCUCUUCUGAAGGGAGGCAAAAGGCUUUUUCUACCUGUGCAGGCCACCUCAUGGUCUUCCUGAUAUUCUUUGGCAGUGUAUCGCUCAUGUACUUGCGUUUCAGCGACACUUAUCCACCAGUUUUGGACACAGCCAUUUCACUGAUGUUUACUGUACUUGCUCCAUUCUUCAAUCCCAUCAUUUAUAGCCUGAGAAACAAGGACAUGAACAAUGUGAUUAAAAGACUGUUCUGUUUUCAAAAAGUGUUGAACAAGUCUGGAGGUUAA